AUGUCUAAAGAAGAAGAAUAUACCAGUGAUUCAGGCUCAGAUUUCACAGAAUUUUGGAUUGAUUGGUUCUUAGGAACAAAAGGAAAUGAAUAUUUUGUUGAUAUUGAUGUUGAAUAUAUAACUGAUAAAUUUAAUUUAACAGGUCUUUAUCAAGAAGUUGAAAAAAUACCACAAGUUAUUGAUGUUAUUACAGAUGGAUUAAAAAUAGAAGAAUUAACAGAUGAAGAACGUGAAAUUUUAGAAUUUAAUGCAAGAUUAUUAUAUGGAUUAAUUCAUUCACGUUAUAUAAUAACGGCAAGAGGUUUAACAAAGAUGCUUGAAAAAUAUAAAAAUGCAGAUUUUGGUUAUUGUUCAAGAGUUUUCUGUCAAUUACAACAUUUAUUACCAGUAGGAUUAAGUGAUACUACUGGGGUAAGUGCAGUUAAAUUAUAUUGUCCAAAAUGUGAAGAUUUAUAUAAUCCAAAAUCUUCAAGACAUUCAUUAAUUGAUGGUGCUUUUUUUGGUACAAGUUUCCCAGGAAUGUUUUUACAAGCUUUUCCUCACUUGGUACCACAACAUUCAACUGAAAGAUAUGUUCCAAAGAUAUUUGGAUUUAAUUUACAUGAUUAUUCUAAAAUUGCAAGAUGGCAAGAAUUACAAAGAAUAAAAUUAGAAACUAGUUUAAUAAAUAAAGGUAUAAAUACAAGAAAUGUACCAAAUGGGUUUAAAAUUAAUAAUGAAGAAAAUGAAAUUGAUGAUGAAAUUGAUGGAAAUUAA